GCAUGGGAGGAGUGUGUGUUGCCAUUUGUGGUCCCGAUCCAUCGUCCGAGCCUUUCCUUUCUAAGUAACAAAAUCCCCCAUUCUUCACGCUCAUCCCAUUCCGUUAAUUAAUCUCCUCCUCCUCCUCCUCCACAAAUCGCAUCUACUUCGAUCUCUAACAGCAGCAGCAGCAGCAGCUAGAUCCAUAUAUAUCUUUGCGCAUGGCGGCAGCUGCCAUGGCCGGGGGAGGAGGGGGAGGAGGGGGUCUGCAGCAGCAGAAGACGGCGGCGGGCGGGCGGCGCGGGCGGCGAGAGAUGCGGCGGAUCGAGGACGCGACGAGCCGGCAGGUGACGUUCUCGAAGCGGAGGAGCGGGCUGCUGAAGAAGGCUUUCGAGCUGUCGGUGCUCUGCGACGCCGAGGUGGCCCUCAUCGUCUUCUCCCCGCGCGGCCGCCUCUACGAGUUCGCUUCCGCCUCCGGCGACUUGCAGAGGACGAUCAAUCGCUACCUGAACCAAACAAAAAGCACAUCUACACCUGAAAAAGAGGAUGAAUCAUGCGUCCAGAAAUGGAGAUCAGAGGCAACAACCUUGGGAAAGAAGAUAGAAGCAAUUGAGGCCUACAAGAGUAAGCUGCUGGGGGAGUGUCUGGGGUCGUGUUCAGUGCAGGAGCUAAAAGAGCUUGAAAUGCAGCUCCAGAAGAGCUUGUGCAACAUCAGGCAAAGGAAGCAAAAGAUGCUGAUGGAUCAGAUUUUGGAGUUGAGGGAGAAGGAGGUGAACCUGUUGAAGGAGAAUAUGGUACUUCGUGACCAGUACUGCAAGGCGGCGGCAACUGCUGGUGAUGACGAUCGGCAUAAUAUGGACGUGGAGACAGAGCUGAUGAUCGGACGGCCUGGAACAAGCACCUAGCUACCUCUACCAAUUCAUCAAUCAAUCUUCAUGUCAUAUACAGUAUAUACUUAUACUUAUAUAUAGUUAGUUAACGCGUACGUUAAUUAAUUAGUCCGGGCCGACGAUAAUAACAUAUAUAAUAAAAUGCAACAGCUAGCUAGCUCGCUCGCUCUAGUAGUUACUCAAAGUCGCCAUGCAUGUUUUGAGAUCGAUCGACUAGCUAGUAUUAAUUAACAUGCGCAGUAGAUCGAGAUAACUAUUCUAUGUACUGCAUAUAUGCAUGUUGAUUAAUUGUCGAUCGAUAUAUAUAUAUGAUCGACCGAAAGACAGAAAUGUGUGUGUGUGUACGCUAGUUGUUUUGGUUCUUAAUUUGCCUAUGCAAAUAUAUUCUUGUGAGUAAACAGACGAAUCAUUUAUGAACCUUGUGAAAAAAUAAAGAUAGGGAAAAUUCAU